AUGUUGGUACUCAACAAAUCCUCGACCUGUGAUGUCUGUAUGGAAGGCUAUAUGAAUGGCGGCAAUUCACCGCACUCGAUCUCUUGUGGGCACGUAUUCUGCCAAAAGUGUCUCGAUCAUCUUUUGCGCCACAUAUGUCCCCUUUGUCGGACUCGAUUUUCCCCUCAGGAUGUCCGCAAGCUUCACAUUGAUAUGCAGUCGCCUAUGAUUACGACCGCCUCCAUAGAAGAAGUCCCUGAAAACCCUGAAUCUUCUUCUCCACCUCCUGACAACGAAGCCCGCAUCCUUCAGGAAGAUAUCGCCCGUGUCGUCAGAGAAGGUGCCAAGCUUCCUGAACUCCGCCGGGUAAUCGAGAAAUGUCGAACGUACUACAAGUCACAGUCAGCUGACCAGAACCCUGUGAAAGUGAGCGCGCUGCUUCUUUGGAACCUCGCCGAGUCUCAACGGCAUCUCGCGGAAAUGAGAAAAGACAAGGCGGUUGAGAUUGAGAAAAACCGGGUGGUGGAAAUUGCUCUUGAGGAAAUGAGACGGGAGAAGGUGGCUGAAGUUGAGAGGACCUGCGAGGCAAAAAUUGCUCUUGAGGAAUUACGCUCGCGCCUUACAGCAGAGAUCGUGAAUUUGCAAGUGAAGUACGAGGAGCUGCAACGUAUUCGACAGGAUGAGAAAGAUACUGCUCUUGCUGUCGAGAAAAGUUUGAGGGAACACUAUGAUGAAUCGAAUUCGUAUUGGAGCAGUUUCCUGCGAGUAAUGUUUUACUUACAGCCACAGGUGCAAGCUACAAUGCGUGAGAACACAGUUCUCCGGGAAGAGCUCAUGCGCGCUAGAAUUGCAUUUAACCCGUUACCUGACUUCCAACGGCCAGUCGAGGUCCGGUAUCUUCAUGCAAUGCCAGAGCCGAAGCAUCCUGAGAAGUCGAUCGAGGACGAUCCUUUGAGCAUCAAAGCAAGAGCGAAGGCCAAAGCAAAAGCGAAAGCCAUCGAGGAAGAGGAGUUCCACUUGUCUCCUCUCGCCCAGGUAAUCGGAACUUGGCCUUCUGCAAUCCAGUCGUUCCGCGCUCUGGUGGACGAAGAUGAGAUGGACCACUUAAAGAAGACCUGCGGCAAAAAGGAAUUGGAAUUAAGGCCUGAUGCAGACGAGGAUCAAACGAUGGGUGACUCCACGUCUCAGCUUGUUCCCAUUCCUCGGUCCUCGUUGUCUCGUCAGUUGGCCGAUGCUUCCGUCUCUUCGUCUGCCUCUACGACCAAUCCGGAUAACUGGUCUGGAUUGUCCCGAUCUCGCCCUCGCGAUGACAUUGUCAUGUCGAGUCGUGAUGGAUCUUCUUCACGUCAUCACUCCACUGAGCGUUCAAUCGCUUUAGCACAUAGCGGUACUCAUUCACCGUCUCGCAGAGUAUCACGGGACCCAUCCACGUUAUAUAUAUCUAGUCGCACUUCCUCCCCUUCACGCCGCUACUCCUCGGACCGCUUGUAUGGACCUCGGUUGAAAGACACUCAUUCACGAGAUUCAUAUGAUGGUGCUAGCAGAGAUUACGAGAUGCGCGCAGGAGACAUGUACGAGCCCAAGGUGAAAGACCAGGUCGCACCGCGCCAGAUCACGGCGGUCGAUGACUUUCGAGACAAGGAUCGCGAACGCCUGCGCGCUCAGCUCCAUGAUAUCCUUGACAGCCCUGUGCCAUCAUCCUCCCUCAAGAUCCCGAUGUCUUAUGGCGAUGAGUCGUCGUUCCCCCCACCAUAUCCAGCACCGCCAUCGUCCAAUACGAUCCCUAGGCAGACGAAUUCUAGUACGCGUGUGCAUACACCGUUGCGGAGAAACUCCACUGCAAGUCAAUCUGUGACUCCUACGCCUGGUCUUGAAGAGGGAUUCCCGGCUACAGUCAUGUCAAAGACGCUGGUCCAUGCUAGUAGUGUUGCGAUGCAACAGGAGAAGGAGAGGCAGGAGAGGCGGGAGAGGGAAAGACAACGAGAGCAGGAACGCGAACGAAUGGAGCGUGAACGCGGUCGGGAACGUGAUCGCGAGCGGGAACGGGAACCAGAGUGGCAGCACCUCAAGGAUUCUACGAAUGUGCCACCCGAUGUUUACCCCUACUAUCGCGAACGACGUACAGGCAGGACAAAGUUGUCUAACCCGGUCACCGCCGGAGCAGAUUGA